UCGGACAUCAGUCAGUCAGUCGAAUGCCGUUGGUGGACUAAGACGCGCAUUGAAUGUACGCGUUUCCAUCGUAUUUUGUUUCCACUGCGCGUUCUCACUGUUUAACUACGUUUUUACUGUUGUCGUUUUUUUUGUUGUUGUUAAAUGUUAAUGACUGCCGCAUAACGGAUGUAAAGUGAUAACAACCCUACAGCGAGAUGACGGAUAUUGAAAAUGAUAUCAAGCCCGUGGAGGCAGGCGAGGAGACAUCGGCUGCAGCUGAGUCGAAAGCCGUUCCAGUCGACGCGUCUGCAGCUCCAGCUGCUGAACCGAGCGAAGAGCCAGCUAGCAACGGCAGGGCCCUGGCUGCGGUAGAACCCAAGAAGAAUGGCAUCGAACCAGAGCAGAGCAACUAUGGCAAUGUGGCCGAUGCGGAGGGUCAGCAAAAGAAACUGCCCUAUCCAAAGUCCGUCUUCUUCAUCAUCAGCAACGAGUUCUGCGAACGCUUCAACUAUUAUGGCAUGCGCACUGUUCUGGUGCUCUAUUUGAGUCGACAACUGGGCUACUCGGACGACACGGCGACUGUGGUUUUCCACGUGUUCACAAUGUUCGUCUACUUCCUGUGCAUAUUCGGCGCUAUCAUAUCGGACUCGUGGCUAGGCAAAUUCAAGACUAUUUUGUACUUAUCGAUGGUUUACAUUUGUGGAUCGGUGCUGCUGACUCUGGGCGCCAUUGGACCCCUGAGCCUGCCCGUGGAGACGUUUACCAUAUUGGGCUUAGCGCUGAUAGCGCUUGGAUCGGGUGGCAUAAAGCCGUGUGUCUCGGCCUUCGGCGGGGAUCAGUUCAAGGUGCCGGAGCAACUGAAGCAGAUCACCUCGUUCUUCUCGCUCUUCUACUUCUCGAUCAAUGCGGGCUCGCUCAUCUCGACGACCGUGACGCCCAUACUGCGAGAGGACGUGCACUGCUUCGACGACAUCAACUGCUAUCCUUUGGCCUUCGGAGUGCCCGCCAUCCUAAUGAUCAUCUCGGUGGUAAUCUUUGUGCUGGGUCGUCCGCUCUACAAGAUUAAGCCGCCAGCUGGCAAUAUGGUGGUUUUGGUGAGCAGCACGAUUUGGACAGCGAUCACCACGAAGUGCAAGGAGAAGAAGACGAAUCCCCGCGAGCAUUGGCUCGACUAUGCUGACAAGAAGUACGACCGCAGGAUGAUCGAAGACGUGAAGGUGCUGAUGCGUGUGCUCUUCCUCUAUCUGCCGUUGCCCGUCUUCUGGGCACUGUUCGAUCAGCAGGGAUCGCGCUGGACCUUCCAGGCGACACGCAUGGACGGCGACAUGGGCUCCUGGGAUGUGAAGCCGGAUCAGCUGCAAGUGCUUAACCCGCUGCUCAUUCUCAUCUUCAUACCCCUAUACGACGUUGCCUUCUAUCCGGCCUUGAGCCUGAUCGGCAUACGUCGUCCGCUGCAGAAGCUGACCAUGGGCGGAAUACUAGCUGGCAUUGCGUUUAUCAUCUCUGGCAUUGUCGAGCUCAAUCUAGAGAAAACCUAUCCCGACUUACCCUACAGCCAGAAUGUGCAGCUGCGCAUCUUCAAUCCGGAGAACUGUGCUUACACUUUCUCAACGAACCUUGAAUCACUGCCAUCAAUCGAGCUGGAGAAAUACAGCAUGUAUGUGGAGAAGCACAUCUAUGUGCCCGGCACCUUCAACCUACAAUAUAAAAUCAGCUCAGCAGAUCCCGCGUGCCCCGAAUACAAGGGUGGCGCGCAGGAGCUGACGGAUAACGCAGCCUGGUCGCUCUUCCUCAAUAGGCGCAAUGCGACGGUACCCGGGGCCGACUCGUUCUGGCUGAAGGACUUUGUGAACAAACCCUCGGACAGCUACCCGCUGGUCCGCACGCUCGGCAACGUGCAGCAACAGCGGCGCAUCGUGUGGAAGAGCAGCAAGGAGCAGUACGCAUACAAUGCGAACGAGACGAGUCUGGUGCGAGUCGCCUCCGGCGACUACACCGUCUCCAUUGACAAUCAGCUGGUGGGCCAGUUCCGUAUUCACACAGGCGGCGUGUACACGCUGCUCAUCGAUGAAGUCAAUAGCGACUACGGCUACAAGCUAAUCGAGGUGACGGAGCCCAACUCCAUGAACAUCCUCUGGCUGAUACCACAAUAUGUGGUCAUGACCUUGGGCGAGGUCAUGUUCUCUGUGACUGGGCUGGAGUUCUCUUAUGCCCAGGCACCGCCCAGCAUGAAGUCUGUGCUGCAGGCCUGUUGGCUUCUGACCGUGGCCUUCGGCAACGUCAUCGUCGUGAUCAUCGCGGAGGCAGCGCUCUUCGAGUCGCAGGCCAGCGAGUUCUUCCUCUUCGCCGGUCUCAUGUUCGUCGACAUGCUGAUCUUCAUGUUCAUGGCCUACAACUAUAAGCCCAAUGAUCCCAACAAGAUCGAGGAGGCUGAGCCGUUGACCAGUGGCCAGAGUCACGAUGUGCCAGCCCUCGACUUGGGCAUCGACAACAAGUGCCAGACCAUUGAUGAGUAGAGCCCGCCACGUUUUCCUUGUUGUGUAUUAUAUAAAGCGCUACCCCUAACCCAGCCCCAUCCCAAUUCCCAUUCUACGAUAACUCCCAUAUGAAUAUAUAUUUGUACUUUGUGUCCUUCUACAAUGUAAGUGUAAAGCUCGACGGUUGAGGGGUCGUCGAGCGUUUGUUGAAUAUGACAAGACCUACGUUUUAAAUUAAACUAAUCUAAUUAAAU